AUGAGUCACUCCUCUGUCCGCACCUCUUACCGUCGCACUUUUGGUGGACCCUCCUCCAUGUCCGCGUAUGCUCCUCUUUCAUCCCGCAUGCCCUACUCAGGAGGACGUUACCUCAGCUCCAUGCCUCCGUCUGUUCCCUCUCGCUCAGUGGGCUACCGGGCUCGCUCCAGCACUCCUACCUCUCGCGUCUCCUACGACAAGGUGGACUUCUCGCUCGCCGAGGCCGUCAACCAAGAGUUCCUGGCCACGCGUAGCAACGAGAAGCAGGAGCUGCAGGAGCUCAACGACCGUUUCGCCAGCUUCAUCGAGAAGGUGCGUUACCUGGAGCAGCAGAAUGCUGGGCUCCAGGCGGAGCUGAGCCAGUAUAAGGGCCAGCAGCAGGGCCAGCCCAACCGAGCCAGCGAACUUUUCCAGCAAGAACUCCGUGAGCUGCGCAGGCAGCUGGAGCUCACAGGUAAAGACCGGGACCAGAUCCAGGUGGAGAGAGACAACCUGGCCGAAGAUCUGGCUUUACUCAAACAGAGGUUUGAUGAAGAGACCCAGAAGAGACAGGAGGCUGAGAAUAAUCUGGUUUUGUUCCGCAAGGAUGUGGAUGAUGCCACUCUGUCUCGUCUGGAGCUGGAAAGGAAAAUUGAGUCUUUGAUGGAUGAGAUCGAGUUCCUUAAGAAGCUCCAUGAUGAGGAGAUCCAGGAUGUGCAGGUGAGUGUUCAGACCCAGCAGCUGAAGAUGGAAGUGGAGACAUCUGCACGUCCUGACCUCACCGCCGCCCUGAGGGACAUCAGGGCUCAGUACGAGAACAUUGCCACCAAGAACAUGCAGGAGUCUGAGGAGUGGUACAAGUCUAAGUUUACUGACUUGACGGACUCUGCCAAGCGUAACGCUGAAGCCAUGAGACAGGCCAAGCAAGAGGCCAACGAGUUCAGGAGGCAGAUCCAGUCCCUCAACUGUGAGAUCGAUGCACUUAAGAGCACGAACGAGGCCCUGCUUAGGCAGAUGAGGGAGAUGGAGGAUCAGUUCGGAGUGGAAACUGGGAACUACCAGGACAAUAUUGCCCGUCUGGAGGAGGAGAUCCGUCACCUGAAAGAUGAGAUGUCUCGCCACCUGAGGGAGUACCAGGACCUGCUGAACGUUAAAAUGGCACUGGACAUAGAGAUCGCCACCUACAGGAAACUGCUUGAAGGAGAGGAGAGCAGGAUUGUUGUUCCCAUUAUGAAUGUAUCCUCAAUGCGUGGAGGUGACUAUGACCAACCCUCUGAAUCUGGACAUGGAAAGAAAGUUGUGAUCAAGACUGUGGAGACUCGCGAUGGAGAGGUUGUGAAGGAGUCCAGGAAGGAGAAAGAUAGAGAUUCCCGCGACUCCCGCGACUCCCGUAGCGCCCAUGAUUCUAAAGACUCCGACAGGGAGGAUUAG